UCCGCAGCGGCAGAGCGGCAGAGCGGCGUGGCGCAGCGGAACGGCGCAGACGCGCAGGGUCAGGGAAACGCGUCGCUGCAGAAACGGAUGUUUUCAUCACGAGUUCCCGCGGACGCCGCACUCUGUCCUCCAUUCCUCUGGACUCCGGGUGGAAUCUGAAGCUCGACGGUUCUCGUGGGUCCACUCCACGCUGGGUCUGUCAACUCCUGAGCCAGCCAUCUCCAGCCUGCUGCCAUGUCCAGAUACCUGAAGCAUUUCAGCACGGUGGGGGACAAGCAUCAUACGGUGUGGGAGGAUGAGGAGCUGCAUGCAGUCAGCGAAGAUCUGAGUCCAGCUUCAGGACUCUUCCCAACAUCUCUGACCUUCAGGGAGGCUCUGAAGAGACUCUACGUCUCUGAGCGCUUCCAGGUGGCUGUGGUGUGUUUGGUGAUCCUGGACGCCUGCUUCGUUUUGGCUGAAUUGCUCAUUGACCUGUCCGUCAUCAAGCUGGAUCAUGGCCACAUUGCUCCUGAGGUAUUCCACUAUCUGAGCCUGGCCGUCCUCACCUUCUUCAUGAUGGAGCUGGCUGGAAAGCUGUUUGCUUUCCGCCUGGAGUUCUUCCACCACAAGUUUGAGAUGUUUGAUGGUCUGGUGGUGGUGGUGUCCUUCAUCUUGGACAUCGUCUUCAUCUUUCACGAGGAUGCCUUCGAUGGGAUGGGUCUCCUCAUCUUGCUUCGACUCUGGAGAGUGGCCCGAAUCAUCAACGGGAUCGUGGUGUCGGUGAAGAAUCGGGCGGACCAGAGGAUCCAUAAGCUGAAAGAGAGCUACGACCACGUGGUUCAGAGAGUGACGGAGCUGCAGAAGAGCUGCGAUGAUCUGACUCAGGAGAACCACAGACUGAAGGCGAUCCUGAAGGAAAACCAGAUCGACUUCUAGCUCCUCGAGGACCUCAGCUCUGGAUCCAGUCUCCGUCAGUCCUUUGCUCUUCUGGGAUAUUGUGUUUUUGUAGAUAACGUGCUGAUCCAGCUGUGGUGAUCUGAACUUCCAUCUCUCAGAUUACCCGUUCACUAUGUAGCAUCUUCGGGGUGGUUCCUGUAUCCGGGCAGAGCAGCUGCUGAUGGGUCGAUCAGCAACACCAGGACCAGAACCACAGCAAAGUUCGUUUUUUACAGAACCCCUCCAUCAUAAACCAGAACUGCCAAGAUGGUCCAGAUGUGCACGUGACUGUGAGUGUGCACGUGUCAGUCAUCAGAUCUUGUGUGGAGAUGACAUUUCGAAGGUCUGUUUAAUGCACUCAUCAUGAAAGGCUUUUAUUCUGAAAGUCUCCCCUUUUGGGUUUGUUUCAUGAAGACAAAUGAAGCAGGUGUUCUGGUUCUGGUUGGUUCUGCAGCCAGAAACUCAUAGUACUGGUUUAAAAUCAACGUUUGACCUUUUUGAACCCUGACUGCUUUUCUAUCCUAGACUUCUGUCAGGUUUCAGCUGCUCUUUUCAUUCACAUUUUCUUUCCAAUGUUGUUAUGAGAUCUACAGAAAACGUUCGUACUAGAGUCUGAAAUGUUCUCUGUGGUCAGAAGAAUCCAAAUAAAAUCCUGAUAUUUCAGGUCA